AAUUAAUCGUUCCUUCGUUCGUACCUUCGUCUCCCUCUUUCUGUACUAGUCGAACCCCUCUUCUGUGAGUCUUUCCGAUCUUCUCGAAACCGUAAUUCUUGAACGAUCAGAAGCUCGGCGAUUUGGACAUUGGGGAUUGAACCCCAAGAUUCCACAUUCUUUCGACGCAUUAUUUAACGAAAGGGUCGAGGCUUGAAACGGCUGUCCUUGUUCGCGCAUUACGGCUGUUCCUCGGUCGGCGGUGGCGCGUUUGUAGAUUGCUCAAAGUUUUCGCGGGGAUGAGAAUCGGACGAUGAAAGAUGCCGGUACCGCGUGGCGGAGCGCGCAGGGGACGAGGAGCAGCGGCGGCAGCAGCUAAGAAGCAGAAACAGGAGAAAGUUCCGAGUCCGAUCGACGCCGGGGAGGCGAUAGCGACGAGAACAAGGUGGAGGAGAGCAGCAGCGGCGGCAGAAGCAGCUGUGCCGAGUAAUCCCAAGAACAAGAACGAGAGUGAUAAGGUUAGAGAAGAGGAGGAGAAUCGCAAGAAGGUGGUGGUGGUGGGUGAUGAGAAAAACGUAGUCGUUGAGGCGGAGCAGGAGAAAGUGGGAGAGAAGAAAAUGGAUGACUAUGAUAGUGGCGGCGGAGCAGCCGGUGCCGCUCCGAGUAAUGAUAAGGCCAAUGCCGGUGAAGACGAAGGAAGCACUACUCCGAUUCCUGAGAAGGUUCAGGUUGGUGGUUCCCCUGUUUACAAAGUGGAAAGAAAGCUCGGUAAAGGUGGCUUCGGACAAGUCUAUGUUGGUCGACGUAUAAUAAAUCCAAAUGAGAGAAUUGGCCCAGGAGCUUUAGAGGUGGCAUUGAAAUUCGAGCAUAAAAACAGUAAAGGGUGUAGCUAUGGACCACCAGCUGAGUGGCAAAUAUACAGCACUCUUGGUGGCAGCCAUGGCGUGCCGCGAGUACAUUUCAAGGGCCAGCAAGGCGACUAUUAUAUCAUGGUUAUGGAUAUCUUGGGGCCAAGCUUGUGGGAUGUUUGGAAUAAUAACUCUCACACAAUGUCUGUUGAAAUGGUUGCAUGCAUUGCCAUUGAAGCAAUAUCAAUAUUGGAGAAGAUACAUUGUAGAGGCUAUGUACAUGGGGAUGUAAAGCCUGAGAAUUUUCUGCUUGGUCAUCCUGGGACUCCUGAUGAGAAAAAGUUGUAUUUGGUUGACCUUGGAUUAGCAACUAGAUGGCGAGAAAUUACUAGUGGUCAGCAUGUAGAAUAUGACCAGAGGCCAGAUGUUUUCAGAGGAACAGUGCGUUACGCUAGUGUGCAUGCGCAUUUAGGGAGAACGGGUAGUAGGAGAGAUGAUCUCGAGUCUCUAACUUACACCCUUAUAUUCCUUCUACGUGGUCGUCUGCCUUGGCAAGGAUAUCAGGGAGACAAUAAGGGGUUUCUUGUUUGCAAGAAGAAGAUGGCAACAUCUCCAGAGACAUUGUGUUCCUUCAAGCCAAAGCCCUUUAGACAAUUUGUGGAAUAUGUGGUGAACUUGAAGUUCGAUGAAGAGCCGAAUUAUGCGAAGUAUAUAUCACUUUUUGAUGGGAUUGUAGGUCCAAUUCCUAAUAUCAGGCCAAUAAACACAGAGGGUGCACUGAAGCUUAUUAAUCUGGUCGGUCAUAAAAGAGGAAGAUUGACGGUGGAGGAGGAAGAUGAUGAACAACCAAAGAAGAGGAUUAGGAUGGGUAUGCCAGCAAAUCAAUGGAUUAGUGUUUAUAAUGCUCAUAGACCAAUGAAGCAAAGGUAUCACUAUAAUGUGGCUGAUACAAGGCUUGCUCAGCAUAUUGACAAAGGGACCGAGGAUGGGUUAUAUAUUAGCAGUGUGGCCUCUUAUGAAAAUUUGUGGGCCUUAAUUAUGGAUGCAGGCACUAAUUUUUCUUCCCAAGUUUACGAACUUUCACCAUGCUGUCUUCACAAGGAAUGGAUAAUGGAGCAAUGGGAUAAGAACUAUUACAUCAGUGCUUUAGCUGGAGCCACUAACGGGAGUUCAUUAGUAGUAAUGUCCAAGGGUACAACGUUUACACAGCAGUCAUACAAAGUAACCGAUACAUUUCCUUACAAGUGGAUUAACAAAAAGUGGCGGGAGGGUUUCUAUGUUACUGCAAUGGCCACUUCUGGAAGUAGAUGGGCAGUUGUUAUGUCUCGUGGUGCAAAUUAUUCGGGCCAGGUUGUUGAGUUAGAUUUCCUUUAUCCAAGCGAAGGUAUUCAUCAGCGGUGGGACAGUGGAUACCGCAUAACAGCAACUGCAGCAACGUCCGAUCAAGCUGCCUUUGUUCUUAGUAUCCCAAAGAGGAAGCUUCAAGACGAAACGCAGGAGACGCUCCGUACUUCUGUAUUUCCCAGUACACAUGUCAAGGAGAAAUGGUCGAAGAACCUUUAUCUUGCAUCCAUUUGUUAUGGACGAACAGUUUCGUAAGCCGCCCAACGACUAUUUGGGAUUCUGCCGACACCAUUGCGACAUUGUUUCCGGUCGGGGAGUCUCAACGCCCUCUACCGAGAAAUUUUUGAUGACUUGAAGCUCUAAUUAAUUGUAACUAUAGAAACUUGUAGCCGAAACCUAUAGUUGGUCUGUUUCUGUCUAAUGCGGGAGCAGUGUCUUGUUUGUUGAUGUGAAUGAUAAAUGAAAAGAGCGUUUCCUUGCAAA